CCCCCCGAAGGCUGGCUGGCACAAAACUGGGUCCAGUUAGCAUCGGCACACCGGCACAUCGGCAAACGUACGGUUCCAGUGCACCGGAAUGGACGAUUAUCCGAUCACGAGCGAAGAUCCGGAUGUACGCCAACAGUUUGCGGAAAACAUCUUCCAAAUAUUGCGUCCGCUGUCCGCGUCGGAGAUGCCUCCGCGUACUAACCGGCCACUGGAUGAGGAAUCGUCCGAAUGCAGCGCCCUGUCCGACCCGUUCUCCGAUCUGGACGAAUCGUACAUACUGUUGGAUCAGCGGAAAAAGAAACCCGGAGUGGACGAAACCGAUGAGUUGCUGCUGAUGAAUCAAUUUACACCCGAGUUCCGGAACGCUUACGAUGAGCUGAUGGGUGCAAACCGGCUCCGGAAGCCGGAAGAUGUGGUGCAGGUGGAACCGGGUCCGAGCGAUUCCUGUGCCGGUUGUCCGGAUAUGCAGACGGCCACCGAUUUCAGUCCCAAGUUCCGGUCGUUCAUAGACGAGAUGCUGCGCAAGUGCGAUCUGCAGCAUCACCAGGAGGAGAAGAAACGACGCGAACAGCAACAGUUGCUGCAGCAGCGCAAGAAAGGCCGUGUCCGGGCGAUCGUGUCGGAAGAAUCGUUCUGUGGGCUGGAAACGGAUUCCAUGUCCGGGAUGUGGCGCAUGCUGGACGCGAUGUCGGAAAACGAGCGGGAACUGUUUCCUACCUCCGGUCCGCACUACGAUCUGUACUACGAUCGGCGGUUCGAUUGGAUGACGCGGGACGAAGUACCGUGGGAACAGAUCGAAACGUCCAAGAAGAAGUGUGAACAGUGGUUGAAGAUACCGUGCCCAACGGAGGUGCCCGAAAGUGCUAGGCCGGUGAAGCAGAAUCUAUAACCUAUUGGGAUGGUAUACUGGUGCUUCGAAGAGGUUUUUGUUUAAAUUGGUUUUUAGACAGAUUUUUUCAUUUUACGCCUGAAAGUAUGCAAUUCCAUUUAGAAGAACGUUUGAUGCGAGUGAUAAUACGUCGUUUUAUAAUAUUUUUAUCUUAGUCCUAGCGUGAGUGAUUCUUAGAAGUAGUGCCGAUUAUUAACUCGUCAGGAGAUGGUAUUGUAUUGUAUAUUGCAUACUUCUAGGCGCUCUUUAGCUAAAGCAUGAACCAGCAGCAAUGAAGCGUCGUGAGUGCAUACACACGUACACCAGUAAAUGCAUUUCUUUUUCUAAAGAGUGUAACGUUGCAUUUGGAAUUGAAUAAAACUUUAUGACUUUAAGUGGGGUUUGCUUAAAAGCUUA